UAUUUUCUAUUGUACUCGCGUGUUCUUGAACCAAUUCAACUAGCAGUUCCUUUUCAUACGAAGUAAAAUUAACAGAACGUUUGCGUCUCUCACCCAUGUUUCAAAACAAAUAUUAAAUUUCAAUAGCGCACUUUAUUUUACAUCACACCAAGCUGCAACACAUACGUAACAAUAUAGCAUCGCCACCGCCUUCUUUAUAUGAAUCUUCUAGGCGAAUAAAACUUAAAACAAGGUGUAACUAAUCAAUGGUAAGAAAUGCGUGGUGAAAUGAAAAAGCUUAACGGUUGUUUAAGAACGGAGUGUUAACUUUAAACAACCGUUAGUUAACACAUUGUUUAACGACCGCAUGGUGAAAUUGGCCCUAAAUAUAUUAUUAGCUCUAACGUUAAUACAGUUACUUUGUACCAAUUUACAACCAGAAAACCACAACUUGGUUCAUAGCGUUGGUUCAUAGACAGUUGGCAACCCACUUCUGCAGUAAAAAAAAAACCAUAAUAAAAAUUAUAAUCAUGAAAUUGUAGCGUGAAGGAUGCUUUUUAAAAUUAAUAUUUGUCUUAUUUGCACAUUUUUAAAACUUUAAACGUAAAUUAACACUGACACUUCAGUAGUUAUAAUGCUUAUAAAUAGGGUGUGAAAACGUUUCAAAGAGCGGGUUUUUACAGGUCAUGGAAUUCAUGAAGAAGUAACGAAACCUAAAUACUGUUCACGAAAGUCACGUAAAAGUUCUGAAAAAAACAAUCACAGUGAUGGAAGUCAUGAAACUUAAAUUUCCAGCAGUCUAUUGCUAGGUCUAGAAUGACUGCACCAGGUGACAGAUCUUACCAGCCCCUUCAGCCUUAUGGUGUAGAGCACGGAGACGGGGAUGAAGAGACACCGCAGGAUGUUAUGAUCCACGUGGUUCCAGAGAGCGGCAGGGCUCGAUGGAACCACAUAGAAGACCUCGAUUCUUUCUUUGUGCGAACGUACCACUACCACCAGAAACAUGGAUUUGCAUGCAUGAUGGUUCAGGAAUGCUUGGAAUUGCUGCAGUUCAUCAGUGUUGUGGUGUUCUCGUCAUUUUUGCUUCAUUGCGUUGAUUAUGGGAUACUCUUCGGGGAUAAGGUUGUCAAUGGAACCAACAAGAUAACCCUGAGUGAUGCAGUUCUGUCAUCCCAAGAAUGCAUCACCAGUUUCGGUGGUUUCACGUGGAUAGUCAUUUUUGUAGCUGUGAUAUUUUGGUUUCUGAGAGCUGUCAAAGUAGUGUACCAUCUCUUCCAAUUCUGGGACAUCAAGAUAUUUUUUAACACUGCCCUCAAAAUUCAUGAUAACGACCUUGACAACCUGACGUGGCACGAGGUGCAGCGACGCGUGCGCGACGUGCAGCGAGAGCAGCAGAUGUGCAUCCACAAGCGCGACCUGACGGAGCUGGACAUCUACCACCGCAUCCUGAGAUUUAAGAACUACAUGGUUGCGAUGAUAAACAAGAAUUUGCUGCCUGCAAAAUUGAACAUCCCACUUUUGGGGGAGAUUGUGUUCUUUACGAGAGGACUCAAAUACAACCUGGAAAUGCUUUUAUUCUGGGGGCCGUGGGCGCUUUUCGAGAACAACUGGCACCUGCGCGAGGACUACAAGAAGGCGGGCCGGCGCCACGACCUCGCCCAGCAGCUCUCCAAGCACGUGCUGUGGGUGGGCAUCGCGAACUUCCUGCUCUGCCCGCUCAUCCUGCUCUGGCAGAUACUCUACUCCUUCUUCAACUACGCUGAGAUGAUCAAGCGCGAGCCGGGCAGCCUUGGUUCGCGUCGGUGGUCCAUCUAUGGUCGGCUGUACCUCCGCCACUUCAAUGAGCUGGAGCAUGAGCUGAACGCCCGCCUCAACCGGGCGUACAGGCCGGCAUCGCAGUACAUGAACAGCUUCACGUCGCCCAUCAUGUCCGUCUUCGCCAAGUUCGUAGCCUUCAUUGCUGGAGCGUUGUUUGCAGUGGCGGUUGCGUGCACGCUGUAUGACGACGACCUGCUCAAAGUGGAGGGUACAGUCACUACCAUCACCAUACUCGGGGCGAUCAUAGCUGGUGCCAGGGUGUUCAUACCGGACGAGAACCUGGUGUGGUGCCCGGAGAAGCUGAUGACUGCCGUGCUCGCUCAUGUGCACUACCUGCCUGACAGCUGGCGCGGCCAGGCACACACCCACAGAGUGCGCAACGAGUUCUCCCAGAUAUUUCAGUACAAAGCGGUGUACCUUCUGGAAGAACUUCUCUCACCAAUCAUCACGCCCUUCAUUCUCUGCUUCAUCGUGCGCCACAGGGCGCUGGAUAUAGUCGACUUUUACCGCAACUUCACGGUCGAAGUUGUUGGCGUGGGUGACGUGUGCUCGUUCGCACAGAUGGAUGUCCGUCGUCACGGGAACCCGCUGUGGCAGACGAAGAGCGUCCUGGAGUCUUUGGACCACACAGGAGAUCACAAACCUAGUCAACAAACUCCGGCGGAGGAUGGGAAGACCGAGCUGUCGCUGUUCCACUUCACGCACACCAACCCGGAGUGGAGCCCCCCGGACGAGUCCCAGCAGAACUUCGUGACCUCGGUGCGGAACCACGCGAGGCGGGACGCGGACGAGCUCACCCAGGUGCUGGAGCCCGUCGACAACGCCUUGCUGUCUUCCCUGCGGUCGGUGUCUUCCCUCGGAGACGAGUUCAGCAGCCUGAUCACCAGCCUGCUGCGUGGCAACCAGGCGCCGGGCACCGAUGCGUUCGUGGGGGCGGGCGUGCCGUCUGCCGCGUUCGCGCCCGACUCGAGUGGGCACGAGGGCAGGCGCCCGGCGCUGGGGGGCCUGACCAGGGCCGAGGGACCCCUGCACUACGACCUGGGGCUGUUGCACAGCCUUCAACAGCGACAAGAGGUAACGAACAGCUCCCUGGGUACGUCAGCGUUUGGUCGAGGAGCUAGCACAAACCCGAACCCCAUCGACUUGACGGCAGCUGAUAUGAGCCUCAGUACUUUGUACCUGCAUGAGCUUCAUCAAAGACAUGUGAGCCAGGACAUCAGCCUCGGCCGGUCCAUGUGGCAGCAGUUCCCUCUCGCCCAGCGGGGCCAGGGCGACCAGCCGCAGGCGGCGGAGAGGACGCCCCUGCUCACCCCCGCCGCAAAGUCCUCCAGGAACUCGUAGCAGCGAGACUGGGAAAAACUACCAGUUGUGGACAUUCAGCUGCCAGCCAGUGUUCAAAAACGGUUUUUAAAAAAUUGUUAUUUAAGAGGUGAUUUGUUUUCACCAACUAUAUUUUACACAUAACACAUGCAUUAAUGUGUUCUAAGCUUGUGCAAUUUUAUUCAUAGGUAAUAAGUUCAGAAUUUGCAGCUAUCAUACACAUAUUUAAUGUACCUUGCUAAGUACUAAGUAGGGCUGCAUUAUUUUUUAAGCAUACGAAAAUGAUGUUAGAGCUGGGCAUAAUGAAGGAGCAAUCCAUUGCUUAAAUUUGUACGUAUUAAUGUUUUUACAUUUGAGCUUCAAAUGAGCAGCUCAUGAGAUUAUGAAUGUGUGAAUGAAUUAGGGCGAAACGUCUCAAUGUCAAGGUUGGGAACCAUGAGAGAGGGUGCAGCGACGGAGUGAAUUGGUGGGGGGAAAAGGGAGUGCUACCAGCGAAAACUACGGUUCAUGUAAACAUUCAUGUUGGGAAGUAGUACAAAAAUGCCCUGCUGCAUAACUGUGGCCUAUAACUUUCUGGUAGAAGCUGCAGGGUUUGAGUGGCCAGAGCACAUCUCCUACCAACGUGAUGUGGGUUUUUAUUCUUGGUGGGAUGGAACCCUGAUUUUUUGGGCAAGUGGGAAAUUUUGGGACAUUGCCAUAAGCUGGUGAGUUUUCUCAGGGUAUUCCACCCCCCCUCCCCUCCCCCAACAAUUCAUUCCAUUACUGUUCUAUUGUCAUCGCAUUGUCACAGAUGUGAUGUGUGUACAACCUCAAAGAUAGUGCACUAUUUGUAGUGGAUUGGAAGAGGUGGGCCGCCAAAAAUCGGGUGCGGAACUUCCAUUCCUGCCAUACCCUCGUGUUUCUGGCAUAGCUAAAAAAUUUUUCAAUUGAAACUUAUUUUCCAGCAAAUCAAGUUAAGUCAAUUUCAGGACAUAACGAAAAUACUAAACGUGCAAUGCUCGGGAGUGGAGCUUGACACUCUUGACAGUGGAGCGGGGAGGGGUUGAAGUACAGAGUUGGAAAACUGUAUGACUCUCUGCAUGAUUUCCUUUGUCGCCAUUUUUGUUUCAGUUGUGAACCAUCAGUGUACUUCAUUGAAGGCCAAUGUAUGUAUCACAGUUUAGUUACCAAAUUACUUGUCGAAAACACAGCUGCAGCAAUGCUUGUUGGCAUGUUUGCAUUGUAGCACACUUGUAUGCAAUGUAGGAGAUGAUUUUUUUUUUCUUUUCGAAAUUGGUGUGACUAAAAUUCACUAGUCAAGCCAAUUCAGAGAAUGGAGCAAGCCUGCAAAUUUUUAGUACCAACAACUUUUUUCUUUUAAUAAAUUUAUUUUUAGUAUUUUUCUCUUGUCUUGCCAUGCUGCAGUUUCUGUUAAUGGAAAUGCUGCAACAUUUCUUACAAUGCCAACUUUCAAGAACAGUCACUAGUAAUACGUAAAGAAGGUGGUCGUAAAAACACUAUCAAAACUAUAUUUUCCAUAAUGCAGAAAAUUUUCAAAAUUCAUAGUUAAACACUCAAAUAUACACUUUUUGUUAACUAGGCAAAAAAAAAAUUAUUUAUUAUUGCACAAUUAGAAGCAACUAGAACAUAAUACCCAUCUCCUAUGUCAGAUGCUAGUCGAUCAACUUUCCUUUUUGGAGCAUCACAAAUCAAAGACAAACAAGCACGAAGAAAAUUCGUUGAAGCUACAAGCAUGCACGCAGUGUUCUCGACACGUACAAAAUUUUAAAUAUUUGCCAGAGCUAAACCUAAAUUGUAAUUUCUGAAGUACCAUUUGUAAAAGCGUAACUGUAUAGGAAAAUUCAUAACUAUUAUGACAGAUUCAUAGCCAUUGUCAUGUCUGCUCACAUAGUGCUUAUUGCCUGUACCGAAGUGUUUCAGUGGUUCAGAAGCUUACCUCAGCUCUGAACAUUGCAAGGGAUUGUUACUUUUGGCCCGCCUCCCCAGAGAACUCUAAAAUGGGCACUUUCUGCUCUUUGUAAAUUUAGAAGCAUUGUACUUUUGUGUGAAAUCAUUGGAAGUUGGGAUUUCUUUGAGGCCAUCAGCAACCAUAUUAUGAUUUUUACCAUCUGGUACCUCUAGCUGAAAUGUCGGCCCAGUUGUAGUUAACAGGACUUAAAGUUCUAUUAAUACAUUGUUAUGGACACUUUAAAGACUAAAAAAUUUUUGUAAAUAUGGUGGAGAAUUUUAAAGAAUCUGUUUUAAUACAGACAAUUUACUCGUAAAGACAAAUAUUUAGUCACAGUAAAAUCUCUCUGUUUCAUACUGGCAAAUAUUGAAGGUAAAAAAGUGAGUUUUGACAUAUGUAUUUAGAUAAACCAGUUUAGAUUACUUUUUCUAAAACCAAACACACACCCCUCAAUAUUCUUGUAAGUUUUAAUUACCAGUUUUAAAAAUACAUUCAAAAGUUAAAUGGGAUAGUCAUUAUUUUAAUCAUUUAAAAAUUAGUUGUACAUAACAAUUUCAACUUCUGAUGUUUAUUUUACAUUACAUUUAAUUUUCAGAAUUAACAUUAAAAUAUUUUGAAAUCUUUUAACCUCUUGAAUAAAAUUAUAUUUGACUAUUUAAUGUUGUGACAGUAAUGGGUCGUUUCUAUACAACAAGCCACCAUUGGUUUUGGUUGCAGUGAUCGAUGUCAGGCUGUUUAAGUUGCCAAUUGUUAUGGCUGGUAAAGCAUUAAUAUUCUAGUCAAUUUUUUUUGCAAGAAGUGUGAAUUUGUUAAAUUAACCUAGUAAUGAAAUAAUAUAUAACUUACCAUAAAUGCCUAGUAAAUAUAAGUGGAGUUAAGCAAUUUUUGUAUUUACUCAUUUCAUUUAGCUGUGAAAUGUGCAUAAAUUAUUUUUUUAAUGUUUAUUACUUUGUACAAAUGCGUGUGUGAGAUUAAGAAUUUAUUUGUAAGUGAAGUUGUGAAAAUGUAUUGAUAUGACUAAGUUGUUUAACAUGUACACUUGUGAUAUUAAAUAAUUUUAAUUUUUUGUUUAAUACUGUAAUUAUGUAUUUGUUCUGAAGAAAUAAAAGAAAACAUACAUUGUUAGAUUUCCUAUAUUUCUUAUUUUUCUUUUUUUCUGUAAAUGGUACGAUAUAUGUGGACACCAGAAGACAAGGGGUCUAAGUGACAUUUUUUAAGAAAUCAAGUUAAGUAUGGAAUAGGGUAGUUGAAAUACCAAUAUUUUGAGUGGUAAAGAGACCGAAGUGGAUUUCUUGACAGGUGCUGCUACCUAGCGGAGAGCCCCUACACCAACUAGAAAAAUGUUAUUCCUUGGAGCACUAGGGGUCUGUGUCACUAGGAUCCCUUUAUAUCUCAACAAUCACAGGAACCUCAUGGACGGUAGUGCAAGCCUUUCGGAUUCAGGUAAUUAGCUAAAAGUGAAUACUAAAAAGUUCAUUAACAUUAUUAUUCUCUUUCCUUUUAGCAUUUUAAAUUGGUAUAAUGAAAUAUAAUAAUGAAUGACAAUAAUACUGCAAAACUAACUUCUGUUUACUAGACCUGGUACUCUUUUGUUUGUACAGAUCCACCACCUUUGGCGAUGAUGAUUCAGAUGCUGAUAAGGAUUACGACCCUGGAGAAGACAGUGAAUUGACCAACGAAACAUUGUCAGGUAAUUUUAUUUGUAUGCUAACCUAAACAAAUUCACUGAAACUUUUCUAUUAAUAUGACUGUGGUGCAAUGCAAUGUGGGAAUUAACAUUUGCUGUUUUACCGAGCCAUUUUAAUAAGGUCCACAUGACUUUUAUUUGAAGAUCGCUGAAUAACUGUUAAUUCUUGCUUCAGAAACUUACCUACCCAUUGUUAUAUAUUUACAAUUUACACUUGAAUUGAUAGGAGAACCUAUGUAUGCGAUGUCCAAUCUGUUCUUUUGAGACUAAAACUAGUGUGUUUUUUGUUCUUUUCAGAAAGCAGUGAAGAACAUGGAACAGUGGAGGACUUUCCUGCCAAAAGACUUUGGGCUUAUAGAGGUGAAGAAGAAAAAAUGUCAAAGGGACAUGUACGUCCAAAAAGACUGGGUAGGCUUAAUUGCAUCUUCAAGCAGGGAAUUUAUAGUAACACUGAUGGAAGAUGAUGACUUGAUCAGUAUUUAACAACUGAACACUUUCUUCCCAAAAACGGUGAAAGGAAUCAAAGGAACGCAAGUUUAUUUCAAGACGACUUCUCCAACCAUACUGUACUUCAAAAGAACAGUCGGGAGUAUUGAGUCUUUUCAAGAACUGCCAAUGGUUAGACCAAGAAUUGGACAGCUUCCUGUACAUCUGGCACCAGCUACUGCAUAACCAAAAUUAAAAGAAAAGAAAUAGGUUGUCUGUUUACAGACGAUAAUUUAACGUGACAACUUCAUAACAAAACAUUGAUGAAAUGAUUGCAUACUUUUAUGAAUAAAAUUGAAUAAUUUUUAUUGAAUUAUCACUUUUUUGUAUAGAUAUGUACAAAGAAGGGGUGAAAUGAAAUCUACAAUUUAAUGGAUAAAUUUACUUUUAUUUGCACUCAUUAAUUCAAAUAUGUUUAUUACUUUAUCGAAGAGAUUAUUUUAACUAUCACUUAUAUACAUGUUUGCUACUUAACUUCUUCCAAUCUGUGUUAUUCUGUUAAGGAUAGGACGAUGAUAGGAAAAGAAUGGGAGUGUUUCAAGUUUAAUGUGCCUCGAAAAAGUCAAAUCUAUGGUUGUUCCAAUCGAGUGGAAGAGAGAUAGAUGCAGCGCAAGCGUACAAUGAGCGUAACGGGACAAUGAGUCAUCCUUUUUUCAUGCGUGCAGCCGGCGUUCGAUUUAUUAGACGUCACGUCAAAAAAUAUGAUUAUUUGAUGGGACUCCUUCAAUUUGUGCCUCCAAUACACCAUAAUUUUUACAUUGAGCUACCUCGCAACACAACAGAAGAAGCUACAUCACUAGUCGGUGAAAGAGAAGAGUUAGAAGCAGAAAAUGUGUACGAUACAGACUGACAAUUAAUUAGUAGGAAUAAUAAAAUUAAUAAAUUUAAACAAUCAUUUGUAUCAAUAAACAUGUUUUUAAUUUCAUAAAAGUACUGUAUUUACUUGAUAGUCCAUUUUUCCUAGAAGUCAAGGGAUCCAAGUGACAACUUCUUGACAGUAAAAGGGUCUAAGGGACCUAAAAUUAAAAAAGGGUAGUAACUGAUACUCAUAGUCAAAGACUUAAUUAAGACUUUGGAACACAUAAAUAAAGUUAAUAUUUCAAUUCUGUAUAAAAAUUAUUUUUCAAACUUCAACUUCCAAUUACUCAAAAUGAGAAAAAUGCUACUUAGACCCAGUGUACUCUAGUGUCCACAUAUGUAAUAAUGGUGUGGUAGCUGGAUAUGAUUUCAGGGAAAAGAGGGGAUAAAGUUUUUGGAAAGAUAUAACUUUAGUGGUUCUGGAAACAGGACAGUUACACAUUGAACAGUUAUGCAGAAUGAGGUUUCAAGCGGUGGAGCUUCCUGAGUGAGAUAACGGUCCAAGAAAUUUUUUGGGUACUGAUUCAGUGCUUAUUGAACAGAGUUAUGCCCUAUGGUGGUUCCUGGAAAGGUGGGUUUGGAGAAGAUAAAUUGGUAAGUGCAACGAAGCAAAUAAAUUAAUAAGAGAUAAGAAUACAUAUAAAUGCAAGGAUCACCACAGAUUUUUAUAGCAGUUGUAUUAAAUAACAUAACUGGGUG